GAUCCUUUGCGCAUGCGCAUUGAGUGAAGUCCUGGCUGGCCGGGUUUCGCCAUUUUCUACACAAUAAGCAAAGUAACUAGCAUUAACAGUUUGGUGUUCUUUUACAUAAGCUAUAACGACAGGUGGGUUAUCAAUAAGUUACACUAAACUUUGUACGAUAUCUGAGAAUGGAAGACGAGAGCCACCCGAAAACCCUUUACGUGGGAAACCUGUCUAGGGAUGUUACAGAGAACUUAAUCCUUCAACUGUUCACCCAGAUUGGUCCUUGUAAAAGUUGUAAAAUGAUAACAGAGUUGGAUAAUGUUGGAUUUUCUAUAUUGCAGCACACAAGCAAUGACCCAUAUUGUUUUGUGGAGUUCUAUGAGCACAGAGAUGCUGCAGCUGCUCUAGCAGCGAUGAACGGAAGGAAGAUUCUAGGAAAGGAAGUCAAGGUGAAUUGGGCAACAACUCCAAGCAGUCAGAAGAAAGACACAUCCAAUCAUUUCCAUGUUUUUGUGGGAGAUCUGAGUCCUGAGAUCACCACUGAUGAUAUCAGAGCUGCAUUUGCUCCCUUUGGGAAAAUCUCGGAUGCUCGUGUGGUGAAGGAUAUGACAACAGGGAAAUCAAAGGGGUAUGGAUUUGUGUCCUUCUAUAACAAACUGGAUGCGGAGAAUGCCAUAGUACACAUGGGCGGCCAGUGGUUAGGAGGACGGCAGAUUCGGACCAACUGGGCCACUCGGAAGCCCCCAGCCCCUAAGAAUACUCAAGACACCAGCCCAAAGCAGCUGAGAUAUGAAGAUGUUGUGAACCAGUCAAGUCCUCAGAACUGCACUGUGUACUGUGGUGGCAUCCAGUCAGGGCUCUCGGACCACCUUAUGCGACAGACAUUUUCACCUUUUGGGCAAAUAAUGGAAAUAAGAGUUUUCCCAGAAAAGGGCUAUUCUUUUAUCAGGUUCUCUUCUCAUGAAAGUGCUGCCCAUGCCAUUGUGUCAGUGAAUGGAACAACCAUUGAAGGCCAUAUUGUUAAGUGCUACUGGGGCAAAGAGUCACCUGAUAUGGCAAAAACUGUCCAGCCUGUCACAGAACAACAGGUGGAUUAUGGACAGUGGGGCCACUGGAAUCAGAUGUAUGGAAAUCCUCAGCAGUAUGGCCAAUACAUGACAAAUGGAUGGCAAGUACCAUCCUAUGGAAUGUAUGGACAGACAUGGAAUCAGCAGGGAUUUGGAGUGGAACAAUCACAGUCUCCUGCCUGGGUGGGAGGCUUUGGGACUCAGCCCUCUCAGGCACAGCCUGGCCCUGUGAUGAACCAGGCUAACUUUGGCAUGGCUGGCUACCAGACACAGUGAUUUGUUCAUCAUCACUGUCCAACAUCUGAGUCACUUUGUGGGAACCCUCUUCCUCGUGUGAGGAGGGAAUAAAGAGACUAAUAGAAGUCAUUGACUUUUUCCCGGAAAACAUUCAGAACUGACCUGAAUCAGGGUUUAAGUGCAAAGAAGCAAAUUUUGAUUAUAGAACGCCUUCAGCAGGAAACUGAAUUUAUUUGCGAAAUUUAUUUUCAUUGUUUUAAUGGAGUCGGACAUAAUAAUAAACUGUACAUUUCCCCCUCCAUCUGUAUUCAACAAUAUAUUUGCUUAUUGCCAAUUACAGGAAGUGCACAGGUACAUUGCAAAACGCUGUACAUGAUCUAAACACAAUGCAUUUUAAACUGUUUCAUUUCUCCCCUUCCAAAUAGCUGAUGUGUUUGCUUGUUAGUCACACAAUGGACUUCAAAUUUUGUACCUAAAGAAGCAAACAAGCAUUCUGACACAGUAAACACAUGUAAGUAAAGGCACUUUUUGGGGUUCGUUGAACCUGUGUCUUGUAAAUGUUGAAGUGUAAAUGAAUUUCUAUGUGCAGUUGUGUAUAUUUAAUUCACAUUAGCUCCUCAUUUCUCUCAGAAUUCUAGAGUUUGAUACAGCGUGUAUGAUGUUAUCUUUUUACUAUGUUUUACCGACAGUGAAAGCUCGUUCACUUUAAAGAAAGGGUCACUCUGUCUGAUUAUGUAAAUAACCUUUGAUAACUGGGUAUGGAAAAGGGUUUUCUGUGCAUCCCUUCUUUAUUUCUGGAUAGAGCAGAAACUGCACUGCUCUUGAUAGACACACGUCCGUGUGGCUGACAUGCUGAAUUCACUCAGUGUUACAAAGAAGCCUUAAUUUUCAGUCACUCAGUUUUACUGAUCUGAGACCCUUGUAGAGAGCUGUAUUGUUGACUUUAGUCCCUAAAGUAGAUUUUCUCCAUUUGCAGUUUUGCGUGCCAUUUUCUCUAGUAGCCAGACAAAUGAGAUUUGGGGAUUUUUUGGGGGGGACUUUGUAGAUUUGAAAUGCAUGUUUCAAAUCACAUUUGUUGAGGUUGCUUCAGGAACCGAAUGUAAUAGGUAAAAUGUUUGAAUGCAGUCUAGCAUUUGAUAAUUUUAAGUCUAAAUGAGUCUCAAUAAAUGAACCAUUGGACUAGGAA